AUGUUCGCUCUCUUAUCCGUGUUGUCUAUCCCGCUCCUUGCGCGCGUUGCACGCGCCGAAUCGCAUACCCUUUCUUUCCAGAACAACUGCGGUUUUGGUACACCAACGCUGAUCCUGAAUGGGCAGGUCGCCUCCACCGGCGACCCAUUCACUUCUCAGGGCUCGAUGAGCGGUAUCGCCUAUCUCCAGACGGGAAACUGCAACUUCAACGGCGAGAACUGCUCCCUUCUCGAGUUCACGCUUACCUCCAAUGGCGGCCAAGGCGGUAUUUCCUCCGUCGACGUCUCUCUCAUCCCACCCCACGCGUUCUCCGUCCCCACUGGUUUCUUCUACGACGGUGUGCAGGAGUGCCAGAACGAUGGCAACGAGUGCGACAGUGCUGAUUGCGGCCCGAACCACGCGUUCUCCAAACCUACCGACUUCUCUUCCCAGGUUCAGUGUUCCACCAACCAAGACGUCAACCUUGUUGUCACCUUCUGC